UCCCACCAUCCUGAGGGUGGGGGGGCAGAGGGAAGGGUCUUGAUGGGCAGGGAGAGGUACCAGUGUGCCUUGCCAGCAGGGGACUUCCCCCUCCUGGCCCGGUCAGAGCCCCCAGGGCCUGAGGAGCUCAGUCUCCCACGGGGGACACCUUCCUCUGCCUCCAGCACCCACGGCGGCUGCAGAUGGCAGUGUGUCUGGGGACAGCAGCUGCGACAGUCUGCAAGCCAACGCUGAGCUGCUCAGGCUGAGGUGGUGCGCUCAGCACAGAGCCCCCCUGGACAGGCAUCGGCAGGGCAUGAGCUGAGGCCGCCGCGAUGCCGCACUUCUUGGACUGGUUCGUGCCCGUCUACCUGGUCAUCUCUGUGCUCAUCCUCGUGGGCUUCGGCGCCUGCAUCUACUACUUCGAGCCCGGCCUGCAGGAGGCGCACAAGUGGCGCGUGCAGCGCCCCCUGGUGGACCGUGACCUCCGCAAGACCCUGAUGGUCAGAGACAACUUGGCCUUUGGAGGGCCAGAGGUCUGAGUGGACCCCCGCGGGUGGCCGGUGGCCGGCACCGGGCGCCCUCCCCCGCGUCGCCCAGCCUGCAGACCCCGGGGCAGACAGGACAACCCCUGGUCCUCCAGGCCAUCCUUCUUCAGCCUGGACCCUCCCAGCAGAGGCUUCCGGGUCUUCCGGGUGGACCCUGGCUGCACCUGUUAAGAUGGGGAACCUGGGCACCUUAAGGUGUCACUGCUGCUGGCCCAAGGCUUGCUCUCCACCUCCUGCCCUCCCCAGCUCUGGGUUUAAUUCCCCACUGACCCCCAGUGCCUUUGUGCUGCCCAGCUCUCUUGCCCCUCACCUGUAGCCAGGCACCGCUGUCCCUGCCUGUCCUGAGCCUCGAGAGAGUCCCACUUCCCCACUGAAUUCCUGGUGAUGCUCAAUGGCCCAGGCCACCCAGGCACCCACCCUAGCUUCACAUGGCCGACUUCAAAGCAGACCCAAGGAAAAGUCACUAACCCGACCCAGCACCCACCCCUCUGGACUCAGGCUUGGCACUGAGCGAAUGUGAUGGGGUGGCAGGGUGUACGACUACAGAGGAAGGAGGGUGUGUGUGUGUGUGUGUGUGUGUGCAUGAGAGAGAGAGAGAGUAUGUCUGGCGGGGAGCGGAGAGGCAUGUGGGGGAGAGGAGAUGCAGGGGUGUAUGUGUGACAGGCAGAGUGGGAGGUCGUGGGGAUAGGGCGAGCUAGUGAGCAGCCCUGGCGGCCACCAGCAGCAGCUCCCAUUUCUGUCCCUCUGCCAAACUUUUCUGUAUCUCCUCUUCCCCAAGGCCCCUGCCUUCCCCUCCCUCCCUGCCCUGUACCGCUCCUUCAGAUACUGCCCCCCUCCCCGCACCCACCCUGCCCACCCUAGCCCCACCAGGGAGCCGCCCUCCUGUGUGAUUGGCAGUCUGUCUCACUCUCUUCCUCUGGAGCGCCCCUCUUAGUUUCUUGCAAUAAAAAAGACUU